UCACAUGAAGUCUAAUGACUUGCUACAACAAUUUAAUGAUUUUAGAAGAAAGCUCAAAGCACAAAUUUAAUCAAAUGAAAUAACAAAAAGUCCAUAAAAAAAUUACAUUAAAACUCAAAGUUCCCCUUUACAAUGCAGUUCUAGUAUUAAAUCAAAAAUUAAUCUCAAUCAACAUUAAAAUAAAAUCUAAGAUAGAUGUAACAAAAAUUAAACAAUUCAAAAUGAUAACCAACUUGAAUCCUUUAAAAUUAAUCCUAGAUUUUAAUGCAUAACUCAUGAAAAAUUUGACAGUAAAUAAUAGAAUGUCUAAUCCUUUAAAUCCUCUAAUUCUUCAAAUAAAAAAGAAGUUGUUGUAAAUAAGCUUUUAAGUUAAGAACACUUGCAUAAAUUUUAUUUUACUUUUUAAUCGAUAUCAGAUGAUGAAGUUAAAUAAUUACCAAAUGAAUAUAAAUAGCUCUUAAAAUAAUUGGCAACUUUUGUUAAUGAAAAGCUUCUUUAGUGA